AUGCUCAAGCGCCGUUUCAUAUUUUUCUACUGCUUAUACAAAUUCUAUGCAAUGUGUAAUAUUUGUUGGCUAACCCAAAUUUCUAGGCUAGGAGAACAUCCUAUGGCGGUGGCUGCCAUGUAUUCGUUCCUUCUCGAUCGGCAUCAGGCAUCUGAUAUCGAUGGGGCAUUCACCCUAAAUCUGCUCAAGCUACUUGCUCGAUUUGUUACCAUGGAUGAAGAUGUGCUUCAGAAAACGAAUGUUGCCAAAUUACUGCCUAGGUUCGUCAAAAAGGGCGGACAAGUAGCUAAAGGCCUUGCGCAGAAGAUCUUGGACAAUGCUGCCACUUCCACCAAGCGAAAGCAGGAGGGCAAUAAAGUAGCACCCAAAGAGGCAUCUCCCGCUAUAAACACCAUCUCCAAUAUUACGUUGGCUGAUGGUCAGCGUACGGAGCUAGCUGGAUCCAAACGGCCUCGAGAUGCCGAUUCCAAUGGUCAACCAGCCACGAAGCGGAUGGUUGUUACGUCAAAUCUCAAGAGUAACCAGAAGCCAACCAACGGCCCUGUCACUAGCGCCGCCAAGCGCCCCCAGGAAAUAGGCCCCGAGGCCAAGCCAGCAGCGGCAGCUACUUCACGUCCAAAGGCUAAUAUCAUUGCUCCAAAGCCGACUAACCUCUUUGGAAGUUUAUCGUCGGCUUCGAAGAGGCCAGGAACUUCGAAUGCAGAGAGAGCUGCAGCUGCGGCCGCAGCAAAGUCCAGGUAA